GAAACGGCAGAGCCAAUGGUGACGAAGUUUUUGUUUCUUUCAGCGUCGGAGCGUCUCACAGACAAGCAGGCGGAAGAACUGCUGGCCUGGAUGAAGAAUGGCCUUGGAAGUCGCAUUGCCAAUGUAAAGGUGACCCCCAGGCUGGACACGCAUCCUGCUAUGAUUACGGUGCUGGAGAUGGGGGCAGCUCGCCACUUCCUGCGCACACAACAACUGGCCAAGACCAGUGAGGAGCGGGCACAGAUUCUACAGCCAACUCUGGAAAUUAACAGCGGCCAUGACCUUAUAAAGAAGAUGGACGCCCUUAGGAACUCCGACCCGCAUCUAGCCGAGUUACUGCUUGAACAGAUCUACGACAAUGCCAUGAUCGCAGCAGGACUUAACGAUGACCCUCGCCCAAUGGUUGGCCGCCUGACUCAGCUACUUACAAAAGCCCUGGAGAAGCACUGACACGGGGCCCGUCACUGUAACCUCGUGGUGCGUGCAGCGUGGCAGAGGGCUCGGUGACAAAAAUGACGUGUGGAGAAAGAAGCACUUUUGGCACAAACGGGGAGCGUGUGGCCGAGUCCCGGGUCAUCUAACAUUUCAGCGCAGCAGUUGUGCCAGUCUGAGAAGUAGGAGCCUUUGGCACCAAGUCCAGCAGCCCGCAUGCAGUAUGUAUUGGGGGGGAGAAAAAAAAAAAAAAAAGGACUAAAGACG